GAAAAGCACUUCCUUCGGCUCCCGAAGAUCCUGAUUCUGCAAGUCAGAGAGCUGACAUUUGAAAACAGGAAGUUUCACAAAAUUCAGAAGCCCGUCAAUGUCACCCAUGUGCUGAAACUGCACACCAGCCCUCAAGAACCCAAUCAGUCUACAUCUAACGGUUCCUGUGGGAGCAAUGUUACACCAAGCCCAGAGCACAAGUGCUACCACCUCUAUGCCAUGUGCUGCCACUCAGGAGACUGCAGUGGGGGCCACUACACGGCCCUGGUCCAGCCCAGUGGCCAUGAGCACUGGUACAGCUUCAACGACGAGCAGGUGGCCUGUGUGGGGUCUUUUCGUAGGGACCUCAUGCACAGGUUUGGGACCCCUUACCUGCUGCUGUAUCGCCGUCAGGACCCUGAGGACAGGCGGGAGUCCGAGCGUGCCGAGCCUGGUGGUGGAGACUCUGGGACGAUGACAGAUGUGGCUGCCCCAAAGAAGAAGGUGCCUUUUGCAGGAGUGCAGAGGAAGACCCUCAGCAUGGACUCUGCCACGGUUCCCAAGAAAAGAUGCAGACGGAGCCCCCGUCCUCAGCAGGACGAUAAGCCUGUCUCCUGCAGACAGAGCCGUGCCUGUACGUGACGGUGUGAGCUUGUCCUCCAGACAGCACCAGGUUGGCCCUGCCCUGAGGGGAGCACACCCGGCACACCCGAGGGGUCUGCUGUGGGGAACUGUGUGUUCUCAUGAUGACCCCCUGAGUUGCAGAGCCAAAAGGACAGACUGCCAACUUCCUGAUGAGGAAGUGGUGGUGGGCUGAGCACGGAAAAAGCUGAGGCUGCGGCCCAGCAAGUUUGUGAAAACUGCAUGCUCUCAUUUAUGACUGCUGAUUAAAAUCUAGUUGGCCGACCACAAGAACUAAGCUGCGCUCGGGUGUGAUGAUUCUGAGAAGACUUCUGAACAACUUCUGUUUUUUUUAUUUUUUCUCCCCCUACUUCCCCUUUUUUACACUUCUAUAUAAGAAGCUUGUGUGAGACAAUAAAACGAGGCUUGAUCAGA